AUGCUAUUGUCAAGGCCGAUUAGUAGUAAAUUCAAAGGAUUCGCCAGUUUAUUGAGGCAGUUCCGCUCAUCGUUUAAUUCACAUUCUGAUUUGGAGAAUGGGAAGUUGGUCAACGUUGUCGUUGUUUCCAACUCGAAUUCUACUAAAAAAUGGCCGAAUACUAAACUUGGACCAAUAGAAGCUGUCAAUCCAAAAUAUCCGUUGCCUGGGUUUGUAGGGAUUCCGUUAGUGAAGGAUGAGAAACCUUUGGAAAAGAAAUACACACCUGCGGUGCAUACAUUACCUCCAAUGAAGGAGGAGAACUAUGCUGCAGCUCUUUUGAAUGUUUACAAUGAAAAAGAGUUCAGUGAAUCUCAGCCCUCAAUAAUUCCACCGGUAUCGGAUCAACUUGAAUGUACCAUACACACUUGUCCAGUGCUAGUUCAGCAAACUUUAGCUAAUGUGUUCCCAUCGAGAAAACUUUCAUCAAAACCUUUAACAGCACUAAUUCUUAGUCAUCACACCAAUGAAUCGUUAGAUGCAUGGAGUGAAGAAGCUGCUGAUGAACGUGAACAGUUAGCACUAUCUUUUAUUACUUCAGCAAUAGAAAUAUGCUCGUCUUUAAAAGAAUUGGGCUAUUGGGCAGAUUUUAUUGAUCCCUUCACUGGGAAACCGUAUAUUGGAUCACAUGGUGAAGCUAUGCUCACAGAAACCGAUGAAACUAUGAAACAUUUUGGAUUUGAUCUAGACAGUUCUGUUUGUUGUAAAAUAUUACGUCAUCCAAAGUGGAAGAAUCAUGUAUUUGUUGGAUUAAUAUUCACAGAUGCACCAGACUAUCAUCCAGAUUAUUUCGGUAUUGAAUAUGAUCAGAAAGUCGAAGUGAUUAAACGUGAAGAAAAUAAACGUAAAGCAUCAUUAUCAACAUCAAAAAAUAUUAUUGAUGAACAAUAUUUUGGUGUACAUGAUGAUGAUGUCAAGUUACAUGCUAGAGAGAGUGUUAAAUCUAAGAAGAAUUCAUCUGAAAUAACUGUACUUCAUUCAAAGACAUCUCAUUUAGAUGAUUUAUGUGAGAUCGACUCACAAUAUUUUGGCUCCACAGGAUCUAAUACAAAUCCAAUAGAAAAUGUCAGCUCAGUAGUUAACAAUACUACUAAUCCAUUGGUAAUUUCACAGCCUAAAAUUAGGACUGGUAAAAAGCAUAUUCCUCAUCCUGCUACUACUAUUACUAAUACUAAUACACAUACUGAUAUUACUUUGAAAAGCUAUGCAAAUCUAAGAAAACAGGAAAAAUUGGUCCCUGGGACCAAGACUGUUCGGGUUGAUAAUAAUGUACGCCGAAAUAAUAAUGAUUCAUUGAGACUUAACAAAAAUGAUAAUGAUAGUCGUUACGAUGAUGAUGUUGAAUAUGGAUCAGAUGCAGUUAGAAUUAUCCGACAAAGAACCAAGUUAAAUCUAUACACUGGUACUACCUUAGAUAUACCAUCAAAUAAAUCGACAGCGUCGGUCCCAGAAAAAUUGGAUAGUCAAGGAUAUCGUGUCCCGGAUGAAGAUCCAUAUAAAUUUGAUUUAUUAACUGAAGAAGAAGCUGCAACGGUAUUGUAUAAAUCAAUUAUAGAAAUAAGAGAAAAUGUGAUCACUUUGAAUAAACCAUAUGGAAUAGCAUCUCAACCUGGAGCUGAUUGUAAACAUAAUAUUGUUGAUUUAUUACCGCGUAUUGAAUCAAUGAUAAGAAAACGAAGUCAUCAUGGCAAUCAUGGGAAAGGUGAAGAAAAAUGCAUUGGUGAACUGUCAACUGUUCAUCGAUUAGACAAAGAUUCCAGUGGAAUUAUAUUAAUAGCUAGAAAUAAGGAUUCUGCAUUAAAACUUCAAGAGGCAUUUGCAAGACGUUGGAUUAAAAAAGAUUAUUUAUGUAUUACUGUUGGUAUACCAAGAUCAGAUUAUGGUUAUAUACAAUUGCCAUUAGUUGAACGAAAUUUCAAUGGAAUUCGUAAAAUGUGUGCUCCUCAAUUAAAUCGUCAUCUACAAGAAUUAACUUGUAAACAAACACAAUUAGAUAUAAAUAAUGAAGCGAAUGAAUAUGAUGUAACAGAUGCUUUCUCUGUACUAUAUGAUAAAAUGCAAACAAAUCAUAAUCAACCAACUACUUGGUAUCAUUUAAUGGAUAGACGAAAUGAUGCUGCAUUAAUGCUUUGUUCUACAUUGACUGGUAUAAAACAUCAAAUUCGAGCUCAUUUAGCAUUUGGUUUACAAACUCCUAUACUUGGUGAUCAUAAAUAUUCACAUGCUGAAUAUUUAGCACCUCAACGUUUACCAAAAUCUUUAUUAGAAGUAUUAAAUAUUAGACAAUCGAAAGUUCGAUAUAUUAGUUUACAUUUACAUGCUUUAAGUUUACAUCUUCAUGUACCACCAUCAUCAUCAUCAUCACCAUCUUCUUCUUCCAGUAAUGAAGGAUUUUUUGAUUUUGUUCGAUCAUUUGAUAAUUCACAUAGUAACAAUAAUAUUACUAAUAAUAAAUUCAUAAAAAAUCCUUUUAAAUUCACUGCUCCAUUACCGAAUCACUUUCGAGGUAAUUUAAAACGUAUUGGAUUAAAAUUACCGCAUUAUUUAAAGUAUUUACAUUGAUAGUUUGUUUCAUAUAAAUAAUGUAUAGUAUUGCAUAGUAUUUUGGUAUAUGUAUUUAAUAAUUCAUUUACAUCUAUUAUAAACACACCUAUA